UGUUAUUUUUUAAAUACAAAUAAAUUAUAUCUCCAUGUAAUAAAAUCUAAAUCGUAGAGAAUUUUGCACUCUACGUAUAAAAAUCUUCUUUGAAUUCUACAUCCCUUAAAAAAUGGGUCUUUUAUCGGAUCCGGAGUAUGGGUCAGUGAAAUGGGUUAAGAUGCUUAAAAGAAUCAACUUUCCACUGUGUUGCCUCUGCUAUGUUGGUUCAAUAAUCUGGUUUUUAACGCUCGCUCAUCGUGACUUCAACAACGAGACAUACUUUUCCGAAAACGCCUUAUUACCUGGAUUGGUUACUAAUGAAUUUAACGGAGAACAAUCUGCUAAUAAAUUCUUCACCGAAUUCCUUCAGGAACUCGAGGAUAAAUAUGAAGAAACUGAUGAGAUGCCAGUGCCAUGGCUUGUUGGCAAGAUGUCGCAGUUAGGUUUGGAAGUGCACACACAUAACUUCAGCCUAAACUAUCCAUUUGGACAGGGACAGACUUACAAUGGCAUAAAUGUAUAUGGCAUUCUCCGAGCUCCACGCACAUCUUCUUUGGAAGCAUUGGUUGUUUCAGUUCCGUAUCGUUCACUCUCUAAUCAUCAGAAAGGAACAGGAGCUGGUAUUGCAUUAAUGCUAGCACUUGCCCAGUUUGCUAGACUGCAAAACUACUGGGCAAAAGACAUAAUAUUUCUUAUUACGGAACAUGAACAACUUGGAAUGCAAGCUUGGCUGGAAGCUUAUCAUGGAUUACAGAGGGAAUCUUCCAGCUUCUAUACAACUCUUGGUAGUUUCUGGCAACCUGGCCUGGAUUUAGGGAAGCUUAAGAAAGGUUUUGAAUGGAUAACAACAGAUCAUAGUAAAUCCCUGGAUCCUGGUGUUUUGAAGGGACGCUCAGGAUCAAUACAGGCAGCCAUUAAUUUGGAGUUCCAUACACCUAAAAUUAAGUAUGUAGAAGUAAAAGUGGAAGGAUUAAAUGGACAACUUCCAAAUCUGGAUUUAGUGAAUUUAGUUCACAAAUUGUGUGUUAAAUCUGGCAUACAUCAUUCAUAUAAAAAUAGCUACUCCUGGAUUCGUUCUCGCAAUGUUAUCGAAGAAUGGGUUAACAAUAUUUGGACCAUGUUGGGCAUGGCCUCUGCACAAAUUGCUGGGGUACCAAACGGCAACCACGGUCUUUUUCACCGUUUCGGAAUUGAAGCCGUAACCCUCGAGGGUCGUGAACUAAACGACCCUGCUGGUGAACCUCCCAGGGUCCAGUCUCUUAGUACCGGGAAUUUUUACAGACUCGGCUCAGCUUUAGAAAGUAUAUUGCGUUCUCUGAACAAUCUUUUGGAAAGAUUUCAUCAAAGUUAUUUCUUCUAUAUGCUAGCGGCUACGAAUCGGUAUAUUUCUAUUGGUCAAUACAUGCCCUCACUCUGUCUUUUAUGCGGUGCAAUGUUAAUACGGGCUCUUAGUCUGUGGGUAACACUACAAAAUGAUGAUGAACAAACUGAAAGCCAACCAGACAAAAACGAUAACAAAGGUUUGAAAGUAAAAGAAUUGAGUGAAGUAUUAGAAGCCGACACAGAUAAAAAAGAGGUUGAUAAUGUAGACGGAGAAAAGGAAAAAUUGAUGAAAGAAAAAGAUCUAAUAAAAAACAAGACAGUUGUGCAAGUCAACCUUAAUGUAGUUAACGUUGGUGGAAACUACCUAUUGGUACAUGUUUUGGGUUUUGUCGUUAUGAAUUCGCCACAAAUUUUCAAUUACAUCGGUGCAACCUAUUUCGAUCAACCAUCCGAAGUAUCUGUCUUCUAUGGCCUAAUAUCAUUAUCAGUUUUCCUGAUCUUCCUCACGCCAUUUUUAUUACGUUUCCCAUCGACGCCUCUAACAUUUGAAGAAAUGUCUAUAAUUAAUAUUUUACUUCUAAUAGAAUUGGCAACUGCGUGUUUAGCUAUUGGAAUGCACAAUUACCCUUUAGGAUUGUGUAUCGCUGUCGUAUAUACGCCUCUGGCUUUGUUGGUUGAGGUUGUGGGCGAUGAUAACGAAAAACUGAGUACCAUAGCCCUGUUCUUGAAAAGGCUUCUUUGCAUCCUCCUUCAGCCAUUGUUUGCGGUUUCCAUCGCGUUGAUGCUAUAUUCCUGGGUUCUUUUCCCGGAAGAGGGGAUUGUUGGAAUGCUCAGCAGAGGUCGGGAUGCAGCCGUGCAGGCAGUUAUGUUCUCUAUCGUUGAUUCUAUGAUCUAUGGCAACUGGCUGUUUAACGUCGGGACUACAAUAAUAUUACCAACAUGGAUUCUUUUUUGGCAAAUAUUAUGUAAUAGGGUCACACGAAUUAGUAUAACGAACUAAUUUAACACUUACACCUACUUAUUAUUAUGCUCGUUUUUCUAUAGAAGGACAAGGCAAUGCCUUGGUAGGUAACGCCUAAUCAGAGAAGAUUCCUAAGCAUUCAUUUACCUUUCAUUUUCACUAGGCAACUCAUAACCUAACUUGUUUGUGGUUCUUGCCACAAGGUGUGGUAUUUUAUGUUUGUUUCAUCAUACUGUAUAUUUUUUCUAUUUCGUAUUUAAGGUUAUUAAAAAAACCGAUUUUACAUUUUUUUCAUCUGCUAAUUGUCAGGUUAUGAGUCCUCCUAACUUUGCCAAUCCUUUAGACGGCGCUUAACGUCGUUAGACAUUACAAUAAGAGUUCGUAGAAAACACAUAAUUCUCUAGGCAUCCGAUUGAGGCGAUACCUAGUGAAAACGGGCAUUAGUCAUCUAAAUAAUGUUUUAAGUGUGAUUGGUUUACAUUCCAAAGACUAUUAAAGUAUAAU